AUGCCCGGAUUGCAGAAGAUUCUCAAUGGUGUCAUUCGAUUUCGGCAGACGGUUCGCAAUGAUUUGGUGAAGCAAUUUGAGCGGAUUCGCGACAAUCCGCAUCCGACGGCCGUGUUCUUCACGUGUAUGGAUUCGAGAAUGUUGCCGGCGAGAAUCACGUCGAGCCAAGUUGGCGACAUGUUUGUUGUCCGAAACUCGGGCAACAUGAUUCCGCACGCCAACAACUACGGAUCGUCCGGAUUCGAGGUGUCGGUCACCACCGAACCGGCGGCGCUUGAAUUGGCGGUGAAGCGUGGCAAAAUCAAUCAUGUCAUUGUUUGCGGACACUCGGAUUGCAAGGCGAUCAACACACUCUACAAUCUUCACAAAUGCCCGAAAUCGUUCGAUCCCGAAUCGCCGAUGGACCAUUGGCUUCGUCGGCACGGCUACACGUCGAUUCGGAAGCUCGAGCAGCGAUUGGCCGAUGCGACGGCGGGACCGAUUCAGUUUGUUAGCGAUAAUCCGAUAUUUUCAUUUUCGGCUAUCAUCGACCCCGAGAAUAAGCUUAAUGUUGAGGAUAAACUCUCACAGAUCAACACACUUCAACAAUUGGAGAAUGUUGCGAGUCAUGGCUUCUUAAAGGAGUUCCUUGAAAGCCAACAAGUCGAUUUACACGCAAUGUGGUUUGAUAUUUAUACAGGUGAAAUGCACAUGUUCAGCAAAGAGAACAAACAGUUUGUGCUUGUGAAUGAAGAAACUGUCGAGAAAUUGAUUGAUGAAGUCGAAAAAUAG